CAAUAAUGUCUUUAUUUUUAUAGGUUUUGUAUCUUUGUUCUGUUUCUUUGGAUCUAUAUUUUAAGAAAAGUUUAUUCUGGUGAUUUUUCUUUUGGCUUUGCCUUUUGUUAGUCGUGUUAUUCAUUCAUUUUUUAACCCAAAUUGAAAUCCAUUUUCUGAGCGAUUAGAGUCUUAGUCCAACAUAAAGUCUGUGCGUUCGAGCUGCAGACGGACGUGUGUGUGUCACAGCGCGACGAGCUGCAGCUGAAAAACAAACACAACGACAGACACAAAAUGAAGGCUUGAAAAUAAGAGAUGAAAGUUUCCUAAAAAAUGAAUCAGCCAAAAUAAAGUUCAGAGAAGAAACAACGAGAAUCUGGAGGAAGAAGAAGAGUCUAACUCAAGUGUUUUUGAGCGCCAACACGUCGAGGUGUGAGCGCAUCAGCACGUCAGGACGUCCAGCUCGUGUGUGUCUUGUGUGUGUGAAUGUGUGUGUGGAGUGUGUUGUGUGUGUGAAUGUGUGUGUGGAGUGUGUGUGUGUGUAUCUUUGUGUGUGUGUGUGUGUGAAUGUGAAUGCGUGUUGUGUGUGUGAAGGGUGGAGUUGCUGUUUAAAACUGACACUUCUCUGAAGUCUUGUCAUUUCAGUUUUACACCUGCUCCUCCAGCGUCUCCUGCGUCUCCUGCUCACGGAUGGCGUGGCUCCUCCCCCUCCCACUGGUCAGGAUGGCGUGGCUCCUCCCCCUCUCCGUCCUGUGCGGCUGCAUCUCAUUGGUCGCCUCGUGUCACGUGGCGUCGGCCACGGAGUGUCACGGCGUGCCCUUCGUGCCGGGUCAUAACCUGGUGGGGGAGGGGUUUGACCUGGUGCGCCUGGUGCCCACCGGGAGCACCGUGGUCGACGUCAAGACGUUUAUGAACGGUGGCGAACAUGGCAACUGCACCGUGUGUCACAACGCACUGGUCAACCAGACUCAGAAGUUGCCGGCGUCCGUGAAAGACUGGAGGAUCAAGGUUCGAUGUAGUCGCAGUCUCAGUUCUCAGGUUUUCUCCUCGUCUCAGUCGGUGCUUCAAGAGUCCAGCAAGAGUCUGAGCGCCUCCUGGAAGGUGGGUCUGGGUCUGCCCGGUCUGGGGGGCGUGGCCGUGGGCGGGUCUCACUCCAAGUCCUCGACUUUUGCUCAGAGCCACAGUAAAUCAGACAAGUUUUCCUUCAUACGGCACAAGGUCAGCUGUGAAUACUACACGUUCCGGGUUCACGCCCGCCCCCCCCUCACCAAAGAGUUCGAGGAGUCGCUGCAGCACCUCCCCUCCACCCUCCAACUCCACAACAACUCAGCUUUUCAGCAGUUCAUCGCGCUUUACGGCACUCACUACAUGCGGCGGGUGACGCUGGGUGGACAGGUGCACUCCCUGACGGCCGUGCGCACCUGUCAGUCCUCCAUGAACAAACUGUCCACCAGAACCAUCAGCAACUGUCUGAGCGCCGAGGUCGGGGCCGUCAUCAAGGGGAUCAAGGUGAGCGCCGCCUCGUCCUUCUGUAAGGCUCAGGGGAAGAAGUUGGGACACGGUCAGACGUUCAGCGGCGCCUUCUCCGAUCGCACCGUGGAGGUCAUGGGCGGAGACUCAAGUGUGGGCGGAGUCCUGUUCGACCCUCACGGCGCCGCCGCCUAUCAGAAGUGGCUUGGCUCGCUCCGGACGCUGCCCGGGGUCGUCCAGUACCACCUCAGCCCCCUGCACCUCCUGGUACGAGGAAACCCUCACCUGCGCUCCAAUCUGCGGGCGGCGAUUCGUCAUCACAUUGUGACGAACGCCGUGUCCCUGAAGUGCCGCAGACCCUGUCGGACGGGCUCUCAGGACUCGGCCUCGUGCUCCUGCUCCUGUCACGGCCACAGCCUGGUGAACUCCGAGUGCUGCCCGCAGGCGGUGGGCGUGGCCUGGCUCAACGUGGUGGUGGUGAAAGGGGAGGGGCUUUGGGGCGACUACUUUUCCAAAACCGACGGAUACGUCAAAGUGUUUUACGGACAGCAGGGCGCCACCUCUGGAGUGAUCUGGAACAACGACUUCCCCGUCUGGAACUUCAGGGUGCGGCUCGGAACGGCCAAUCUCCUCUCACAAAAGAAGCUGCAGGUCGAGGUCUGGGAUCGCGACAGCCGCUGGAACGACGACCUUUUGGGGCGAGUCAACAUCAUCCCAACGGCGGGACAAACCCGACGCCGCUACCGCCUCAAACACGGAUCUGUGACCAUCCAGACCAACGCCGGGUGCGCCCCCUUCCUCCAGGGGUCGCUGUGUCAGACCUACAAGCCCUCCCCCCAGGACCAGGACCAGGACCAGGGACCAGACCAGGACCAGGCCUUGUCCAGUCAGCAGCAGAGCACAUACAGGGAGAUCAUGGUUCAAGGAGAAAAGAGAGACCAGGGACUAGACCAGGAUCUAGACCAGGGGCUAGACCAGGACCAAGGACUGGACCAGGGACUAGAUCAGGGACUAGAUCAGGACCAGGGACUGGACCAGGGACUAGAUCAGGACCAGGGACUGGACCAGGGACUAGAUCAGGACCAGGGACUGAACCAGGGACUAAACCAGGACCUGGGACUAGAGCAGGGGUCAGGGUUGGGGUCAGGGUCAGGUCAGGGGUCGGGGGUGAAGUUUUCUUUUUAAGUUUGUUUGAAGUUAAAUCUCGUUGAUGAUGAUGAUGAUGAUGUCAUGUUUGUGACACUUGAGGCUUUUGAGCAGCUGAUUGGACGAGAGCUGGUGAUGUCAUGGCAGCAUUUGUGCUAUAGUUUAUAUAUAGUUUAUACACAUGUUAUAUACAGUUUAUAUACAUGUUAUAUACAGUUUAUACACAUGUUAUAUACAGUUUAUACACAUGU